AUGCUAAGAUUUAAGGAUAAAGUUGUUUUAGUUACAGGUGGUACUACUGGAAUCGGCUAUGCUAUUGCUGAGAGAAUCGCAAGAGAGGGAGGUGAAGUUUUUAUCUGCUCCAGUCAACAAUCAAAUGUAGACGAAGCAAUUAAAAAAUUCAAGGAAAUGGGACUUAACAUUUCUGGAACAACUUGCAAUAUCUCUAAAUCCUAAGAUAGAAAGAAAGUCCUCGAAAUAAUUGAGUAGAAGCAUGGAAGACUUGACGUCUUAGUGUUGAAUGCAGGCAUUAGUAAUUAUGCCGGUAAAAAUCUUCUAAUUAACGAGGAAGCCUAUGAUGAGCUGUUCAAUGUAAAUGUUAAAUCUCAGUUCUUUUUCAUCAAAGAAGCCUAUCCAUUGCUUAAAAAAUCACCUAAGGAUGCAAAUAUUCUUGUAAAUUCAAGCAUUAUGGGGAAGAGCCCAGAUAAAUUCAUAGGAGUCUAUGCAAUGACUAAGGCUACUUUGAUUAGUAUGAUAAAGUCACUAGCUCAAGAAUUGAUACCAGAUAACAUUAGAAUAAAUGGAAUAGGUCCAGGUUUCGUUGAAACUCACAUGACAGAACCUAUUAAGAUGCUUUAAAAGUCAAGAAAGCAAGAACUUAAUCCAAAGAUUUACGGAUAGCCAAGCUAGAUAGCAUCAAUCGUUGCAACUAUGUGUUCAGAGGAUGGGAGCUUUGUCAAUGGAGAAACUUAUUUUAUGCAAGGAGUACUUGGAAAGAUUUGA